AUCAUAUUUUCUCUUUGAUUUGGCCACUCCCUUUCCAACCAUGCCGGUCCUCGAAACACUUGGUGGUGCUCUUUUUGGUGCUGUUCUUCAAGUGCUGUUUGACAAGCUGGAUUCCCAUCAAGUUCUGGACUACUUUCGUGGGAGAAAGCUCGAUGAGAAGCUGCUGAAAAAUUUAAGGAGGAAGUUGGUGUCCAUCAAUGCUGUGGUUGAUGAUGCAGAAUUAAAGCAGUUCACUGAUGCAUAUGUUAAAGCGUGGCUUGAUGAGGUCAGAGACGUGUUGUUUGACGCAGAGGAUCUGCUGGAGGAAAUAGACUAUGAAUUCUCCAAAAGUGCAUCACAACUUGAAUACCAGAGCAGUGCUAGCAAGGUAUGCAGUUUUGAAUCCAAGCUCAAAGAAGUUCUUGAUGACCUUGAAUCUCUUUUAAACCAAAAGGAUGAUCUAGGUCUGAAAAAAGCUGCUAGUGUUAGAUCCGAAUUGGGUAAUAAAGUGUUAGAGAGAAAAAAUGAAUCCUCAUCGUUGGUGGCUGACGAUGUUUUUUAUGGCAGAGAUGAUGACAAAGAAAUUAUCCUUAAUUGGCUGACAUCAGACAGUAACAAUCAUAACCAGCUGUCAAUACUUUCUAUUGUGGGUAUGGGUGGGAUGGGUAAGACCACACUUGCCCAACAUGUAUACAAUGACCCAAAGAUUAAAGAAGCUAGAUUUCAUGAAAAAGCUUGGGUUUGUAUUUCUGAUGAAUUUGAUGUUUUGAAAGCAUCUAAAGCAAUUAUUGGGGCUUUCACUAAAUCAAAAGAUGAUAGUGAAACCAUAGAAAUGGUUCAUGGAAAAAUGAAAGAAAAGUUAACAGGUAAGAAGUUUCUUCUGGUUCUGGAUGAUGUUUGGAAUGAAGACCGAAACCAAUGGAAAGCAUUACAAACUCCUCUUAGGUGUGGAGCUAAGGGAAGUAAAAUUCUAGUCACAACACGCAGUAACAAAGUUGCUUCUAUCAUUCAGUCAGGUUACAUACACCAACUAAAGCAAUUGCAGGAAGAUCACAGCUGGCACGUUUUCGCCAAACAUGCAUUCCAAGAUGAAAACUCUAUGUUGAAUUCUGAGUUGGAGGAGAUUGGCAUGAAGAUAGUUGAAAAGUGCAAAGGAUUGCCUCUGGCACUUGAAACGUUGGGAUGUCUUUUACACACAAAGUCAUCUGUCUCAGAGUGGGAAGGUGUAUUGAAAAGCGAGACAUGGGACUUAGCGAUAGAAGAUAGUAAAAUCAUCCCCGCUUUGUUGUUGAGCUAUUACCAUCUUCCUUCUAAUCUCAAAAGAUGUUUCGCUUUUUGUGCAUUAUUACCCAAAGACCGUAUGUUUGACAAGGAGAGUAUAAUUCUCUUAUGGAUGGCUCAAAAUUUUCUACAAUGCUCUCAAUGGAGUAAGUCUCCAGAAGAAGUAGGUGAACAAUACUUUAAUGAUCUAUUAUCGAGGUCAUUCUUCCAACAAUUAGACAACGAAAUGUCCUACGAAACACAUUUUAUCAAACUCAACAAAAAACUUUUUAUCAUGCACGACCUUCUCAAUGAUUUGGCCAAAUAUGUCUCUGGUGAGAUGUGUUUCAGGUUGGGAGUUGAUAGAGCAGAAAAAGUACCAAAGACAACCCGUCACUUUUCAUCUGUGUUUAAUCUUCUUAAAUAUAGUGAGUGUAGGAGUUUAUGUGAUGCUAAAAGGCUACGGACAUUUCUUUCUAUAAAUGGGAAUUGUGGGAUUUCAAUACAGGAGUUGAUCUCCAACUUUAAGUUCUUACGAGUCUUAUCUUUGGAGAGGUGUUUUAACAUAGAAGAGGUGCCUAACACUAUAGGCAAUCUUAUACAUCUCCGUUCAUUAAACCUUUCAGGUACCAAAAUAGAGAGACUUCCCGACUCAACAUGUUCACUGUGUAACUUGCAACUGUUGAAGCUAAACCAUUGCUUCAAUUUGCAGGAGCUGCCAUCGACUUUGCACGAACUCACCAAUUUACGCCGCUUUGAAUUUGAGGGAACUCCUUUAAGAAAGGCUCCACUGCUUUUAGGAAAAUUGAAGAAUCUUCAAGUAUGGAUGGGUGAGUUUGAGGUUGGCAAAAGUAACGAGUCCAGUAUUCAACAACUAGGAGAACUUAAUCUUCAUGGGCGACUGUCCAUUAGUCAUCUUGAAAAUAUUGUGAACCCUAGUGAUGCAUUGGCAGUGAAUUUGAAGGAUAAAACACAUCUUAUUAGGCUAUGUUUAGAAUGGGAUUUCAAGCAAAAUAUCGAUGAUUCAAGGAAAGAAAGAGAAAUACUUGAGAAUCUGCAACCUUCCAGACAUUUGGAGCACUUGUCAAUCGUUGGCUAUGGUGGUACAGGGUUUCCUCGUUGGUUAUCUGACAACUCUCUAUCAAAUGUGGUGUCCUUAAGCUUGAGUAACUGUAAAUAUUGUCAAUCGUUGCCUUCCCUUGGAAUUUUGACAUUUCUCAAGCACUUGACAAUUGACGGCCUUCAUCAUAUAGUGAAGAUUAAUGCUGAUUUUUACGGGAAUAGCUCUUCUUCAUUUGCAUCCUUGAAAAUGUUGGACAUCUCUAAUAUGAAAGAAUUGGAAGAAUGGCAAUGCAUGACAGGGGCUUUUCCAAAUCUUCAGAGUCUUUAUGUGAGGUAUUGUCCCAAGCUGAAAGGGCACUUGCCAGAACAACUUUCUUGUUUGAAGGAACUAACUAUUGAAAGCUGUGAACAACUUGUGGCUUCGAUUCCCAGGGCGGCAAUAGAAAUUCAUAAUGUGAACAUGCAACCAUCUUCAUUUGAUAUGACAGGGCCCCUCCUAUCUGAUAUUCCUCUUGAACUCUUGCGUAUUGUUUUUUGUCCGGGCAUGAAUAUUCCCAUAAACCAUUGCUACCAUUCCCUUAAGGAAUUGGAGAUCAUUCAUGGUUGUGACUCUCUCACGACCUUCCCUCUAGACCUAUUCCCAAAACUCUGCAACCUUGAAUUAGACGUGUGUCGUAACCUACAAAUGAUAUCACAAGGUCACCCUCAUAAUAAUUUGAAGAGUUUGAAAAUUGAAAAAUGCUCUCAAUUUCAAUCCUUUCCCAAUGAAGGAUUAUUUGCACCAGAAUUGAAGAUACUUUUUAUUGAAGGAUUGGAGAAAUUGAAAUCAAUGCCUAAACGCAUGUCUACCCUCCUUCCAUCUCUUAAUCACGUGAACAUAAACGACUGUCCGGGGGUGGAGUUGUCCGAGGGGUGUUUGCCAUCAAAUCUAAAAGAAAUGAAUCUCUGGAAUUGCUCCAAACUUGUUGCCUCCCUAAAGGGGGCUUGGGGAACCAACCCUUCCCUAGAAUGCUUGCAUAUUGCUGAAAUGGAUGUGGAGUUUUUUCCGGGUGAAGGUUUGCUUCCACUCUCUCUUAGUACUCUAGGGAUAUAUUGUUGUCCAAAUCUUAAGAAACUGGACUACAUGGGUCUCUGUCACCUCUCCUCUCUUCAGAAAUUGGAUCUUAGUAAUUGUCCCAGCCUCCAAUGCUUGCCAGAGGAGGGUCUGCCCAAAUCCAUUUUAGAACUCAGAAUUAGCCAUUGUCCGUUGCUCAAACAGUGCUGCAGGAAACAAGAAGGUGAAGACUGGGAAAAGAUUGCUCACAUUAAAACCAUAUGGGUAGAUGACGAACUGCAAGUUGAAAAUUAGUAAUGCAGAAAUUCUUAUAUGCCUGCAUUUUCAUCAGAUUGAAAGAGUCGCCAAUCAGGAGCUGUGCUGAUACAACAUUUUAAAAUUGCUUUGGACUUUGGAGAUGAUUCCAUAACCAUCUCUUUGUAGAUAUAAAAUUCUGUCCACAUCUGCUGCAACUCACAGUAUUCUCAGAAGUUUUGAGGCAAAAACUCCCGACAAUGAGUGCAUCCAAAUUGAUGACCAUAAUGGAUUUUCAUUUGAUGAAAUGUAAACAAUGUACAUCUAAUUUUAUAACAACAUUAUGGACGUUGUUUUUAUAAUCGACCCAAAAGCACCAUUAUAAUUACUUUGUGAUGGUUGCAAGUUUUAAAUCCUUCCUAUCUUGUACAAUCUUAAAGUUUAGAUGAGUUAAAUUCAAUAUAAAUAUAAUAAUGUUAUAUCAA